AUGGCUAAUCAAAGGAGUAAUGAAGCGGCCAUAAAGAAUUUAGAAAAUCAAGUGGGUCAACUUGCAAAGCAAUUGUCCGAGCAACAACCGGGAGCAUCCUUUUCCGCCAACACCCAAACCAAUCCAAAGGAGCAUUGCAAAGCCAUUGUUACAAGAAGCGGGAAGGAAGUGAAUAGUGGUGCAAAUAUUGAGGAGGAAGUAAUAGUUGAAAGUGAAGAGGAGGAAGUGAUAGUUGAAAAUGAGGGAGAAAAGACGUUAGAACAAAUGCCAAAAUAUGCAAAGUUCAUGAAGGACAUUCUCACCAAGAAAAAGAGGUAUUCGGAAGAGGAGACUAUUCUACUUGAUGCUCGUUGUAGUGCCAUAAUCCAAAAGACACUACCAAAGAAAGAAGCCGAUUCGGGACGUGUUACUUUGCCGGUUACAAUUGGAGGUCAUUACAUAGGUAACAGUUUGGUUGAUUUGGGCUCAAGCAUUAAUUUAAUUCCGUUGUCUAUCAUCAAGAGAUUGGGAAACAUAGAGAUGAAGCCAACCCGAAUGACUUUGCAACUAGCCGAUAAGUCUCUCACCUCUCCUUACGGAGUUGCGCAAGACAUGCUAGUCAAAGUGGACAAAUUUUUGUCCCCGGUAGAUUUUGUGGUAGUUGAUAUGGAAGAAGACCGUGAUGUACCAUUGAUACUUGGAAGACCUUUCAUGAAAACAGCCUGGAUGAUGAUCGACAUAGACGAUGGUCUUAUGAAGGUGAGAGUGCAAGAUGAAGAAGUCACUUUCAAUCUCUUUAAAGCAAUGAAGCAUCCCAAGGAUAAACAUGAUACAUUUCGAGUCGAUGCUACCGACGAGGAGAUCGAGGAGGUUGCUAAUCAAGUUCACAUCUCUAGUCCUUUGGAAAGAUCUCUUAUAGGAGCAUACAAUGUCUUAUCCGAGAUUGAAGAAAAAGAAAUGGAAGCAUUCUUGAAUGAGUUUGAAUCUUGUGGGGAGAUUGAUCAUAAUGAAGAAAAAGUAGAAGAGUUAAAUGCAGAGAAGAAAGUGGAAGAAUCAAAAAUAGAGUUGAAAAUGUUGCCAUCUCAUUUGAAGUAUGUUUUUCAACUUCACUAA